AUGGCUCACAACUUCCCCCAGGUUUCUGGCUCGGAUUGCUGGGGGGCGCACCUGAAUCGAGGCCAGAGGGCCGCUAAACCAUCUCCGGAGAACCGGCACCCGCUGCAGGCUUCUGCACAGUAUUUUGGGAUGAAGCUGAAAUGCAACUUGGGAGCAGCUGUUAAGGAGAGUCCUGUAACUUUAAAGAAAUCGCUCACCCCCAGGAGGAGGUCAGCGGCACUGGUGCAGAAGGACCUAUAUCAGCCCGACAAGUCUGGGCCUUCCGAACAACCAAAGACUCCUUUGUCGAAGCGUCGUCCGGAUCCACUCUCUGAGCCCGAUCCCAACGAACUGGCAGCUCCCCUCCCUUCCUCAUCAGCGGGGCUGCCUCCUGUUGAGCCUUCCUUAUCCAAGCCCAGGCCUUUGCCACUGGGUAAGUUUCAGCAGCUGAGGCAAACAGUGGCCAAACACCUGAGCAGCCUUGAUCCUGGUUGGUUGGAGAGGUGCCAGGGGAAGGAAAAACAGCGGACUGGAGAGGGGCACCUAGGAGAGUCCUGUCCUGCCCCAGCUGGGAGGACAGGGUUAUGCCAGGGAUCAGCAGAAUUCAGUUCUCUGGAAAAACCGGGUCCUUUUCCACACAGUGGAGAGAAGAAAUGGGAGACACACAGCACGUUUCUCACAGGAAACUGCCAGGAAGACAUGCUGCCCCUGAGUCAACCUGGGGGAGACGUCCUCAGCCAAAGUGUGCAGGAUCACCAGACAAGCGAGGAAGAAGUAAAGGCAGCACUCACUGAAGCUGCAGGUGGGUUUUCCACCAUCAAGGAUGUCCGUAAACCGGAGGCCUGUGCAAAGGAAGCGGCUCAGAGAGCAGACGAGCAUCUUUUGGGAGGACCAUCGCCAGGGCUGAGCGGCGUCUUCUGUGAGGUGGAGAAUGGACCGCUUCAUGCUUCCCGGAGACGAAAAGCCUCUUGUGCGGAAAGACUGCAUGACGCCGAAGCCCGAGAGGAGGAUGGCGCGGAUCGUUCUGAAGGGGACGCCUCUGCUGUAAAGCGCAAGAGGACUAAAGGACAAGCAGGAGACAGGGCAUGUGUCAAGAAGCGGUGUGCUGUCAGUCGUAAGCCGAGGCUCGAUGAAUAUGACGGUGGUCACGGCACUGCAGAAGAACGAGUGGAAAGGGGAGUGGCAUCCUCGUUCCCUUCUGAAAACCUGCUUGGGGAGCUGGAGGGAGAGGAGUGCCCCAAGCGGCCCAGCGCCUUAGGCUGCAGGGCACGGCCGUGGACGGAGGACAACUUUGUACGCCUCAACCUCAAAAAGAAAUCCUUCGUGAAGGGGUGUGUGCUGAAGGGGAGACGGCUUCGCAAGCAGGUGUGGAAGCAGAAGUGGCGGAAAAAGGGAGAACAGUUUGGUGGAGGCGGCAGGCCGUUGGACCGAGGCUCUGACCUGUGCUUCAGGUGUGGGGGACUGGGUCACUGGGCUUUGCAGUGCAAGGGGUCAGGUAAGUCUGGUUGAAUCCGUCAAACCCCACGGCCAGAUAUUGGCAUGGGCCACAUUCUUUUAACUCUACAAAGAGAAGCAAGAGCACUUAAGUACAUUUUGGGUAGCUUAUAAGAAACCGAUGGAGCCUCCAAUACCCUUCUUUUAGGCUGCCUAUUGGAAGGGCGAGCCCCAUAACUUGUCUGACUGGGACAUGGAUAAAGGGAAAUUCUUCUUCCCAUGGAAUAAUGUGGCUGUGGAAUUUUUUCUUAGAGGAUUUAGAGAACAGUGGAAGCUCUACAGAGCGAAAUAAGUGCGAUAAAACAGUGAUGAAAGCAGGCAAAGCAACUUAAAAGGAGAGGAGGUGCCUCAUUUAGAGGGAAUGGAGCGUGUUUCCAUUGGGCUAGUGGGCCUGUUAAUCAGGAGGGACGUGUUUGCUUGAAGCCUCCCAUCGCAUCUGAGCUUAAGGCCCUCCUCCUCCCCUGGCUGUGCUGAGGGAGGGGAGGUGGAGCCAUUUUGCCAGUCCCUCUUCCAUCCCGUCCCUUUUUCCUUGCCUGCCACACCGUUUUGUGACUGUUCCGUGGACAGGGGCUAUUUUCUUUCAUUGAUUAGUGGAAAGCUGCUCCACAAGCCUCUUUGUCUGAGGAGAAGCAUUAAAAAGGAGGAAAAUGCCACAUUCUGUGUCUCCGUGGAGCAUAUUCUGAGGCUGGCUCUUUUUCCCUUGCCGCAGCAUCAGCGUUCGCAGAUCAUGGCCGUGGGGGUGCGCUCCCGCCUCGCCUUCCGGGCUGCAGCUGUCAGGGGGCUGCAGACUUCCACUUCUGCUUCCCUCGAACUGCGGCUGCUUGCUCUCUCCAGUUAAGCGGCAGUUAAGGCUCCCUGGGAUUAGUGAGACAGGCUGGGUCAUUAACCACGGCUAACCAUCCAGGUUUCUUUUCCUGAACCAGAGGGUUAGCACUAACCACUGUUUGUCUGUGCUGAACAGAGUAAAUAACUCUCUUUCAGUGAGCUGCAACGAGAUGAGAGAGUUCCUUGCCUCCUCCUCUUGGCUGUGCUGGCAGAGGAGAGGGAACACACUCCAUGGGACUCAGCCGGUGCUGUAGUGCUGCAUGUGAACCAGGGCAAAUGUUUAAAUGGGGGGGGAUGAUGGGAAGCUGCCUCGCACCAUUUCCCAUCCAGAU